UGGGGCAACGAGUUUAGUGUAUUAAGAUCACCAGGGUCUGUUGUUUUCCGAGAAGGAAACUGGCCUUUACCAGGAGACCGAAUCCCAGAUGUAGCUGCAUUGUCCAUGGGCUUCUCCGUGAAAGAAGACCUCUCUUGGCCAGGACUUGCGGUGGGUAACCUCUUCCAUCGUCCUCGAGCUACUGUGAUGAUGAUGGUGAAGGGAGUGGAUAAGCUGGAUCUACCCCCAAGUAGUGUCAUUUCCUAUCCUUUGGAGAAUGCAGUUCCUUUUAGUCUUGACAGUGUUGCAAAUUCCAUUCAUUCCUUAUUUUCAGAAGAAACUCCUGUUGUUUUGCAGCUGGCUCCAAGUGAGGAGAGAGUGUAUAUGGUGGGGAAAGCAAAUUCCGUUUUUGAAGACCUUUCAGUAACUUUACGGCAACUCCGUAAUCGCCUAUUUCAAGAAAACUCCGUUCUCAAUUCACUUCCCCUCAAUUCCCUGAAUAGGAACAAUGAAGUCGACCUGCUCUUUCUUUCCGAACUGCAAGUGCUACAUGAUAUUUCAAGUUUGUUGUCUCGACAUAAGCAUCUCGCCAAGGAUCAUUCUCCUGAUUUAUAUUCCCUGGAGCUGGCAGGUUUGGAUGAAAUCGGGAAACAUUAUGGAGAAGACUCUGAACAAUUCAGAGAUGCCUCUAGGAUCCUUGUUGACUCCCUACAGAAGUUUGCAGAUGACAUGUACAAUCUUUAUGGUGGGAAUGCGGUGGUAGAGUUGGUGACAGUCAAAUCAUUUGACACAUCCCUUGUGAGAAAGACAAGGACAAUCCUUGAGGCACAACAGAUGAACUCACCAACUCCCUAUAACCUGGCAUAUAAGUAUAAUUUUGAGUAUUCAGUGGUUUUUAACAUGGUCCUUUGGAUAAUGAUCGCCUUGGCCUUGGCUGUGAUUAUCAUCUCUUACAAUGUUUGGAACAUGGAUCCUGGGUAUGAUAGUAUCAUUUAUAGGAUGACAAACCAGAAGAUCCGAAUGGAUUGAUCUUUCCUUACAUCAGACUUAUCAAAAGGGUUUGUAAAUUUGAUGUUUUGUUAAAAUAAACCUUUCAGUGGUUUAAAGUAAAUAGUAUACUUUACAUUUAGGGGGGGGAAAGCAAAUAUUGUUCUUAUUUGUGUGUGUGUGUGUGCCCAUGACUUUUUUUACAGUGAAUUAAUAGUACUGAUGUGACUCAAAUUGUGUGAUACAGAUUCCACAAUAUGCCUCAAAUAUGAUAUAACCAUUUAAGAAUAUAAUUUCAUUCCAUUUUAAUACUUGGAAAUAUGUACUGAAAUACAUGU